AUGGAUUUCAAAAAGUCUAACAAGAUCCGAGAGAUCGUUAGGCUCCAACAGAUCCUCAAGAAGUGGAAGAAGCUUGCCAAUAUUGCAAAUGCAGCACCAAAAAACACAACCAAAAGCAGCAGCAGCAGCAAUGGCAGUACUACUAGUACGUCCACCAGCAGUACCAACAAUGGCAGUAAGAGCAUCAAGUUUCUGAAGAAAACACUCUCUUUCUCGGACAUGUCGGCUUCGGCCGACGCCGUCCCGAAAGGGUUCCUUGCCGUGUGCGUUGGGAAAGAGCUGAAGAGGUUCAUAAUCCCAACAGAGUGCUUGGGACACCAAGCAUUUGGGAUCCUGCUGAGAGAGGCGGAGGAGGAGUUUGGGUUUGAACAAGAGGGAGUGCUCAAGAUUCCCUGUGAAGUGACCCUUUUCGAGAAGAUAUUGAAGAUGGUUGAAGAGAAGAGAGAUGGUUUUUACUUGCAUCACAAUUUUGGGUUAAAUGGAGACAUAUAUCACCAUGACGUCACUAAGUGUUGGUCACCAGAUUGUGAAAUCACUCCCUCUCAUCAUCCUCAAAUGUGUAGAUGAUAGAUCAUUCAUAUAUUUUUUUUUUUUUGCCUUUUUGUGAAGGCAAUGUAUGAGAGAGAAAGAGGAGUGAGACUAGAGGUUUUUUUUUCUGAAAAAAAAAUCCAAUCAGAAAUUCAAGUGUUUUGUAACCGUCAAUCACAACUCUUAUAUUAAUUUCUUCCAAGGACAUUGUUUGUGUGUUUUUCUUUAUUAAUUGAAGCACUCACUUUAAUUACUCAAAUUUAGUAGGUAGCAUCUAUAUAUAACUCUACUUUGAGUGUGAAAUGAUAUUAUUUUUCUCGAAAAUUAAGUCCAAAGGGUAAGAGACAAAAAAAAAAAAAAAAAAAAGAAUCAAAUCUGACGUAUUUUUGUCCAUCUCAUUUUUUUCAAAAACUAAUUAUAUAACAAAUGACAAGU